UUCUCUCUUCUCUGUGUGCUUCCAGUGAGAUGGCGAUGCGAAGUGUUUUGGCAGCCGGUCGUGGACUGGGCCGUUCGGCCGUGGUGGCCCGCCGGGCUGCUUCCACGGGCCGUACGGCCUCAACCACCAACACCUGGGCGUCCCUGGCUUUUAUGGGUGGUGCCGGUGUGGCCGUGGCCUACCUGCUCAGCCAGCAGACCAUCACGGUCGCGUCCAGCGACUCGGCCCUCGAGAAGCGCGUCGCGCAGAUUGAGGUUGAGCUCUCCAACAACCGCAACCGCGCCUUUGUCUUUGUCAAGCCCCAUGCCGUGAAUGACAAGGUGGUGGACGUUGUCAAGCAAAAGCUUGCCGAGGCCGGCAUCUCCAUCACCAGCGAGGGUGCGCUCGAGGCCAACGUCAUUGACGAGAAGAUGUUGAUCGACAAUCACUACGGUGCCAUCGCCAGCAAGGCCGUCAAGCUGCAGCCCAAGGAGCUCAACGUCCCCUCGUCUGGUCAGGAAAAGUUCCAGAAGGCUUUUGGCGAGUCCUGGACCGAUGUCAUUGGCAAGGGCAAGGUGUACAACGCUGCUGGUGCUUGCCAAAAGCUCGGCAUUACCGGAUCGGACCUUGACAAGAAGUGGGCUGGCCUCAAGCGCGAUGUCAACCUCAUCAAGUUUGGCGGUGGCUUUUACUGCGGUCAGGUUGAAAAGGACGUCUAUGUGAUCAACGGUUUCUACAUGAGCAUGCGCGAGGCUUACGUGCGCCCCGGCUCCUCCAUCCACUACUUUACCGUCGAAUGGAACCCCGACACCCUUUCCUGGGCUGACUUCCGCGGCAAGGUUCUUGGCGCUACUGAUCCCAAGACGGCUGACAAGUCCUCGGUGCGUCGUCACAUCUUUGACAACUGGCGUGCGCUGGGCCUCAGCUCCGAGCCCAACGUCGGUGACAACGGUGUGCACGCGUCUGCUUCUCCCUUCGAGGCCAUGGCUGAGCGCGUCAACUGGGUUGGUGCCACCAUCAGCGAAGACGGUUUCGGCAAGGCCAUGCUGGCCUCGGGCAUUCCCGCCCCCAUGGCCAACGAAUGGCGCGAUGAUCCUCAGGUCAAGUUUGCUGGUGGCAAGAGCUCCCUCUUUGACCUCCUUGAGGACCUCGAUGCCCGCGAGUGCCUUGCCAAGUCGGUUGAGAUUGCUGCUCAGCAGUAAACUCCCUCUAGAUCGUGCCCAGCGAUGGGUAGCUGGGUCCCUUUUCAUCGGCCAGUCUUAGACCGUGCCAACUACCGGGGCCUGAUCAUCAAUUGAAUCUAUCCACCUC